CCGACUUCCCCUCCCUGCCUCCCUCUGUCCCUCCCUCCCUGCCUCCUUCCCUCUCGCCCGCCGGCGCCGGACACACCGCGCCUCAUCUCUCGGGCGCCCUUCCCUCUUGGCCAGCCGUCGCCUCCCGUGCAACUUCGGGGCAGUGGGCGCUUGCUGUUGAAUGUUCCCCGCCGCGAGCGCAUGGCUGGGGAAGCGAGGCGCGGCCCCGGCCCCCGAGGGCUCGCCGUCUGGGAGGCGGUGAUGCUGCUGCUGAGCCUCGGGGUCCCGACCGGACGCCCCUACAACGUGGACACCGAGAGCGCGCUGCUCUACCAGGGCCCGCCGCGCACGCUGUUCGGCUACUCGGUCGUGCUGCACAGCCACGGGGCCAAGCGCUGGCUCGUAGUGGGGGCGCCCACUGCCAACUGGCUGGCCAACGCUUCAGUGGUCAAUCCCGGGGCGAUCUACAGAUGCAGGAUCGGGAAGAAUCCAGGCCGGACAUGCGAACAGCUCCAGCUGGGUAGCCCUAAUGGAGAACCUUGUGGAAAAACUUGUUUGGGAGAUAGAGACAAUCAGUGGUUGGGGGUCACACUUUCCAGACAGCCGGGAGAAAAUGGAUCCAUCGUGACUUGUGGGCAUAGAUGGAAAAAUAUAUUUUACAUAAAGAAUGAAAAUGAGCUCCCCACUGGUGUUUGCUAUGGAAUGCCCUCUGAUUUACGAGCAGAACUGAGUAAAAGAAUAGCUCCAUGCUAUCAAGAUAGAGUGAGAAAAUUUGGAGAAAAUUUUGCAUCAUGUCAAGCUGGAAUAUCUAGUUUUUACACAGAGGAUUUAAUUGUGAUGGGAGCCCCAGGAUCAUCUUAUUGGACUGGCUCUCUUUUUGUCUACAAUAUAACUACAAAUAAAUACAAGGCCUUUUUAGACAAACACAAUCAAGUAAAAUUUGGAAGUUAUUUAGGAUACUCAGUUGGAGCUGGUCAUUUUCGGAGUCCACAUACUACUGAAGUAAUUGGAGGAGCCCCUCAACAUGAACAGAUUGGUAAAGGAGCAGUAAUGAAUGAAAUGGAAACAGAACUCAUUGGUAGUGACAAAUAUGCUGCAAGAUUUGGGGAAUCUAUAGUUAAUCUUGGUGACCUUGACAACGAUGGCUUUGAAGAUGUUGCUAUUGGAGCUCCACAAGAAGAUGAUUUACGAGGCGCUAUUUAUAUUUACAAUGGCCGAGUAGAUGGGAUCUCAUCAACCUUUUCACAGAGAAUUGAAGGACUUCAAAUCAGUAGAUCAUUAAGUAUGUUUGGACAGUCUAUAUCAGGACAAAUUGAUGCAGAUAAUAAUGGAUACGUAGAUGUAGCAGUCGGUGCUUUUCGGUCUGAUUCGGCUGUGUUGCUAAGGACAAGACCUGUAGUGAUUGUUGAAGCAUCUUUAAGCCACCCUGAGUCAGUAAAUAGAACAAAAUUUGACUGUAUUGAAAGUGGAUUGCCUUCUGUAUGCAUGGAUCUAACACUCUGUUUCUCAUAUAAAGGCAAAGAGGUUUCGGGUUAUAUUGUUUUGUUUUAUAACAUGAGUCUGGAUGUGAGCAGAAAGGCAGAGUCUCCCUCAAGAUUUUACUUUUCUUCUAAUGGAACUUCUGACGUGAUUACAGGAAGCAUGCAAGUGUCAAGCAGGGCGGCUAACUGUAGGACACAUCAGGCAUUCAUGCGGAAAGAUGUGCGGGACAUCCUCACCCCAAUUCAGAUUGAAGCUGCUUACCACCUUGGGCAUCCCAUCAUUAGGAAGCGAAGUACAGAGGAAUUCCCACCACUUCAGCCAAUUCUUCAGCAGAAGGAAGAAAAAGACAUGAUUAAAAAAACGAUAAACUUUGCAAGGUUUUGUACCCAUGAAAAUUGUUCUGCUGAUCUACAGGUUUCUGCAAAAAUUGGAUUUUUGAAGUAAGUAUAGAAUGUUCUCUGUUG